ACGCGCCGCUAUCCGCUGCGCAUGCGAGUCACAAUCUCACAAGCAGAAAAGUUAUAUCCUGUACGGAUCCGAGUGCAUGAGUCCUGGAGGGAAACUCAUUUUCCUGACUGUAUUAUUGAGAGUUGUUUCAUUAUCGCCCGGAGAAACGAGAAACCCACGACUGCAGCAUUAUCAAGGAUAUCCAAGCCACUGACCGACGGGCAAGGGAGGGUUAUAAAACAAGCCACCACCCCCCCGCCAACAGUUUGAGAGCUAACGUGAAAAACGCAUAGCUAAAUAGCUAACCUGAAAUGGCGACGGCUAUAUACUUGGAACAUUACCUUGACAGUAUUGAAAACCUACCAUGUGAACUACAGAGAAACUUUACUUUGAUGCGGGACCUGGACAAUAGGACUGAAGAAAAGAAAGGAGAGAUUGACAAACUGGCUGAAGAGUACAUUGCGAAUGUGAAGAACCUGGCCUCAGAACAGAGAGUGGAACACCUGCAGAAGAUCCAAAAUGCCUACAGCAAGUGCAAAGAGUUCAGUGAUGACAAAGUCCAGCUUGCAAUGCAGACAUAUGAAAUGGUGGACAAACAUAUCCGCAGACUGGAUGCAGAUCUGGCGCGGUUCGAGAAUGAGCUAAAGGAGAAACUGGAAGUGAGCGGCUGCGAAAGUUCAGAUGCAAGAGGACUGAAAAAGGGUGAGUCCCGGGGGCUGAGGGAGAAGCGUGGCUCGAGAGGAAGAGGAAGGAAAGGUUCUGAUGAAGAUUCUCCCAGAAAGAAAAAGAUCAAAAACAGCCCAGACUUGAGUGAAGCUCUCCUGCCGAUGCAACCAUCAGAUGUUUUGGACAUGCCAGUUGAUCCCAAUGAGCCAACAUACUGCCUGUGCCAUCAGGUGUCAUACGGAGAGAUGAUCGGAUGCGAUAACCCAGAUUGUCCAAUUGAGUGGUUUCACUUUGCUUGUGUGGAUCUCGCCUCAAAACCCAAAGGAAAAUGGUUUUGUCCGAGGUGUACCCAAGACAGGAAGAAGAAAUGAGAUUUUUUACUUUCA